CGUACUUCAAUUGUUGAUAGACACAAAUUUGUUUAAACGUUUAACUUAAAGCUGCGUAAAUUUAUUUGCAUAAAACUAAUUACAUAAACUCUUCAACAUGGGGCGCGCUGAAGUCGGUACACCGAAGUACCUUGCCAACAAAAUGAAGGCGAAGGGUCUGCAGAAGCUCCGCUGGUACUGCCAAAUGUGUGAGAAACAGUGCCGUGAUGAGAAUGGCUUUAAGUGUCACACAAUGAGUGAAUCACAUCAACGGCAACUCCUUCUGUUCGCCGAUUCACCAGGAAAGUUCUUGUUUAGCUUCUCUAAAGAGUUUUCUGAUGGAUAUAUGGAGCUAUUGCGGCGACGUUUCGGCACUAAACGUGUCAAUGCCAAUAAAGUGUAUCAGGAAUACAUUUCCGUAAAAGAUCAUAUUCACAUGAAUGCCACACGUUGGCUUACGCUGUCAGACUAUGUUAAAUGGUUGGGACGUACCGGUCAAGUAAUAGCCGAUGAAACAGAAAAAGGUUGGUAUGUCACCUACAUCGAUAGAAGUCCCGAAGCAAUGGAGAGACAAGCAAAAGCAGAAAAGAAAGAGAAAAUGGAGAAGGAUGAUGAAGAACGUAUGAUGGAAUUUAUUGAGAAACAAAUUGAAAAAACGAAAAGUAGAGAUGGCGCACAAGAAGAUGAAACAGAAAAAUAUACCGAGUUGCGGCGAGAAGAAGAACAGCCAUUAAAAUUAGAUAUCAGAUUGGAGAAAAAAUUCAAUCCGGACACAAAAUUAGGACCAUCUGCCUUGAUAUUGAAACGACCGAAAACAGAAAGUCGUACCGAUAACGACUCAGGGGAGGAGUCCGAUGGAAUAGAGGAGAAAGUAUUCAAAAAACCCAAAACGCCUAAGUUGGAUAAGAGGAAGGAUAGUAGUAAGGAAAACAGUAAAUCAGCAUUAUAUGAACUAAUUAAGGAAGAGGAAGCGAAAAAAGAACGUGCAAAUCGCAAAGAUUAUUGGUUGCACACAGGUAUUGUGGUAAAAUUCAUUAACAAGGCGAUGGGUGAUAAAUUCUAUAAACAAAAAGCUGUGGUACAAGAAGUGAUUGACAAAUAUCGUGCGAAAAUCAAAUUCCUGGAUACGGGUGAUAAACUGAAAGUCGAUCAGGCUCAUUUGGAAACCGUUAUACCUGCGCUAGAUAAACCAAUAUUGGUGGUAAAUGGCGCAUAUCGUGGCUGUGAAGCUCUUUUGAAAAGUUUAGAUGAACGUAAUUACUGUGUUACCAUAGAGAUUUCACGCGGUCCACUCAAAGGACGAAUUGUGGAAAAAAUACAAUAUGAAGAUAUAUCGAAAAUUUAUUGAGGG